AUAACUGGAUUCACACUUUGGUUUCGGAGAAUUUAUCGCUACACAAUUUGAUACAGCUAGUUGAUGUCUACAUUCAAUAUAUUUGAUUGAUGAUUGUACGAGGAUUUUGAUUUAUGGGUUUUAAAGAAUUAUUUGGUUUUGAAUGUAUUUUAAAGAUUUGAAUUCGAUGACAUUUUAGGCCUAAUGUAUCUAACAUUCAUCAUCUUUUCCCCUCAGUGCCUAGGACAUAAUGGGCCGUCACUGAAAGUUAUUUCCUUCUUUGACAGUUCAUCAAGAAAAGAUUGACUCUUGUCAGUUUUUUAAUGGCUGUGCGUCUUUGUGUCUCUAUAUUAUAGGCAUUCCGUAUUUCCUUUUUCUAGCGAUUUCCAGUUUAGCACCGUUCCGGUGAUCGCAUCUUGCUUCAUUCUUACAACAUAGACCAUUCCAGCCCCAUCUUUUUCGAUCAUUUCUGAAACAGAUCGCAGUUUAAUUUCUCUAAGUAACCUAUCGUAUGAAAUGGUGUUGGAAUAGUGGAUGCCUUUUAUCCGUCGAAAGCACUGAGUUUGGAAGGAAUCCAGUAUCUCAUAUUAUUCAUGCAUAAACCAGUGAGCAGUUGAUAAUUUUGAUUAAUAGCUCGUCAAAUUUAAUGGGAAAAAAUGUGCCUUACUUUUAAAUUAUUUAAUUUCAAUUUAACCUUAUUUAGCUCUUUACUCUAUAAAAAGAAGACUGUUUUUAUUCAUAGAGAAAUAUAUUUUAUUGGCUGUGUGAGUUUAGAUGAGAGAUUACAACAUUCGUCUUUCAGUCUCCACGACAAUCCUCUUUUAGCACUGACAUGACGCUUUUACCAUGGUUACGCAAUCGUGUGUCCAGGAACAUUUCCAUGCUAAAAAAGCUUAUCUUGUUAUUGCUGGCAGCAUUUCUAUUUGGCAUUGCUUCUAAAGCGCAAGUCUACACACACCGUUAUUUAGACAAUGACCAGCUUCACGUGGACGUCCGAGCUACGGAAACACCGAGACAAGAUGUGCCAAUGUUCAAAAUGGAUGACACCCUGGCAUGGGGUGAAAUGGCACCGACGGUUGGGUUAACUCAAAAACCAAAUUCGCUGAAUCGCAGAGAAGAUCCGAAACAAAAAAACAAUAUUUCCCAGUUAUACUUUUUUACCCCGCCUCCCGGCGAGCUCCCGACCAGACGAUUCCCCCAGUGUGUGAUCAUUGGUUUCGGCAAAUGUGGGACCCGCGCGCUCUUGAUGUUCUUGAGCCUGCACCCUAACAUCGCUGCGCAGAUGAAAGAAAUGCAUUUCUACACCGUGGACAACCUGUUUGAACGAGGCUACGAGUGGUAUCGUAAUGAAAUGCCUGUAUCUUACAGCAACCAGAUUACCAUAGAGAAGUCACCUGACUACGUGUUGUCUACAAAGGCGUUGAAUGAAAUCCACAACCACUUUUCGAACAUCAAGCUCAUAGUCCUUGUGAGAAACCCUGUAGAUCGCCUGGUGUCUGACUACCUUCAGAGAUACCGGUUAGUCAAUGUAAAUAAAAGACCACCCCUUACCAAGAUGUACCUCAACAGAAUGACUAACAGAUUUGACCCCAACAUUGAUUCGGUGAAUCACGGUGUUUACCACAAACACUUGGCUCCGUGGUUCAAAACGUUCUCACGUGACCUGCUGCUCGUGCUUGACAACGAGCGUCUGACGAAAGAUCCUCUCCGGGUUAUUAAAAAAGUGGAAACUUUUCUGGGAUUACCCCAUGUUUUAACGAAAGAAAAUUUUUAUCUGAACGAAACCUGGGGUUUCUACUGCUUAAGAAGAUUUGAGCCGAGGGCUAGGCCGAGAUGUAUGACCGAAUUCAAAGGCUGGAAACACCCGCCAUUGCCAGAAGCAGACGAGAUGAUGCUGUACAGCUUUUACAAGCCUCACAAUGAAGCGUUGUUCAAACUGAUUGGAGAGAAAUUUGAUUGGGAAAAAAAGAAAGACUUUAUUGAACUGUAGUACAACAACAAGCCCCACUAUGAAGCGCAGUGGCGUAGCGAGGUCGGGUGUCACCCGGUGCGGCACUCAAUGGUGUCACCCCCCCCCCAGAGGCAUA